AUGGAGAGCAAGGGCGAGCACCCCGUUCUGUCACCAGGAGUGGACGCGCAGCAGGGUGAUCGCGGCACCGCGUCACUGGCCGAGGCCAUGAGGGUCGACCGGCCAGUGGAGGACGACCGGUCGCACACCAAGGCAAGCGACCCGCCGACAGCCUUGCCCCAGGGCCGCGACACCGGCGGCGCCGCUGCCACCGCACAGGGCCAGCCAUAG